UCACCUCCAGCUGGAGAGGUUUCUUCAAACGGGGUGAGAAAAGGAGAGAAGGGAAAACAAGCCGAGUCUGCGCUCAGAGGAAAAUCUGGGAUUAUAGAUGUGUAUCAGACACGACCUAGCGUUUACUUCCAGCGGAGGACUGCAGUCUCUGAGGGAUUUGUUUCAGUGUCCAGCAUGAAGAAAACCUCAGACUGAGAGGAAAUCUACAGCUCUGCAAUCAGAAACACCACUGAGGUUGUUUCAGACGCAUCUUCUGUCUUUCCUUAUUAAGCUACAUAGGUUACAACAGCUGUGAUUGCAAGUGGACCAACCGUGCGUGCGUUUGGGGUUGGCUAAAUGCCAGCCAGCAUUUUCUUGGGUGGAAGAUCUUGAAUCUCUGGUGCAUAACCAAAUGGGAUUCAGACGUUUGCUUAACGUUACCAGCUAACCUAACUAGGUUAGAAGCUAAGCUCCAUCAGAUUCAGGAGCCCAAGAUCAAGGUGAGCAUGCAUGAAAAAGAAUGAAAGGCAGUUAAAUUGAAAGAAAGAAUGAAUGAAUGAAUGAAUGAAUGAAUGGGAAGCCCAGAGCUCUGCUGAAGUUUUGGACCAGCAGAUCAUGGAUGCAAACAGCCUAAAAACAUGCCAAAAAUGCCCCCAUCCGGUGCAGUUCCUUCAUAUGCCCUCAUCCUGAAGAUUUAAGGGUCUGAAGAUCUUGAGGAGCUCCAUAUGGCUCUUUCCUGAAGACGCGCAGGAGCAGUAGACAAAGACCCGGAGCAGGAAUGAUCUGGGAGGUGGUGGUGGUGGAGGAGCAGAAGGAAUCACCUGCGCUUUCUGGAUGAUGGCAAAGGUCGUGGCUGUGAAGCUGUAUCUCGUCCUCAGCUGCUUGUCUCUGCGCUUGUCUUGGGUUUACCCGGCUGGUUGCAGUGGUAAAGUGGAGCUACACACUGAGAGAAGAGGCGUCAUCUACAGUCCGUCCUGGCCUCUGAACUACCCAGCUGGGGUCAACUGUUCAUGGAACAUCCAGGGAAACCGUGGAGAGGUCAUCACUAUAAGCUUCCACAGCUUUGACGUGGAGGAGUCUGGAGGGUGCAGAGGCGAUUGGCUGCUCCUGGGUCCCACCUGGAAGGAGGAGUAUCGAGUGUGCGGCUCUGUGCUGCCCCCUCCAUUCAUCUCCUCCAGGGGCCGUGUGUGGGUCCACUUUCACUCGCAGGGCAACAGCUCGGGCCUGGCCCAGGGCUUCCGACUCUCCUACAUACGCAGUCGUCUGGGUGAGAGCAGUUGUGAGAGUGAUGAGUAUUUGUGUGGUAAUGGGAAGUGUGUGCCGCGCUCUUGGCGCUGUAAUGGUUUAGAUGAGUGCGGUGAUAACACUGAUGAGAGGAGCUGCGCUCCUUCUCCCACCCCUGCCCGUGCCAGCCUGUGCCCACCCGGCACCUUAGAGUGCAGCCAUGCCCAGUCCACCCGCUGCCUGCCCUCUACUCUGCGCUGUAAUGGAGCGCUGGACUGCCCGGACGGUUCGGACGAGGCCCACUGCCCUGACAUCUCAUGCGGAAAACGUCUCGCCAACUUUUACGGAACUUUCGCCUCACCUGAUUUCUUCAGGCCCAACAGGAGCAGCGGGACGGACCUGUACUGCACCUGGCUUCUGGACACACAGGAUACGAAGCCCCUGCUCCUGCGUCUGGACCUGCAGCUGGGUGUGGGGGAUUCUCUGUGUGUGUAUGAUGGUUUGGGGGAGAGAGCUGAGCGUCUUCUGCAGAGUCUGUCCCACCACAACAACCACCGCCCUGCUGUCCUGGAGUCAUCGCAGGGUCAGAUGAGCGUACUGUACCACGCCAGACCACACAGCCAAGGUCACGGCUUCAACGCAUCAUACCAGGUGAAGGGUUAUUGUUUCCCAGGUGAGUUCCCCUGUGGUCCGGAUGAGGGUUGUUACUCGAAGCAGCAGCGCUGUGAUGGGUACUGGCACUGUCCAGGCGGCAGGGAUGAGGAGGGUUGCCCACCGUGCCCACCAGGACAGUAUCCUUGUGAAGGGGGUGGUGGAGCUUGCUAUCAGGCAUCAGAGCGCUGUGACAACCAGAAGAAAUGUCCAGGUGGAUCAGACGAAAAGAACUGCUUCUCUUGCCAGCCAGGAAACUUCCACUGCGGCACCAACCUCUGCAUCUUUGAGACGUGGCGGUGCGACGGGCAGGAGGACUGUCUGGACGGCAGCGAUGAGCGAGACUGCCCGGCCGCCGUGCCCCGCAAGGUCAUCACUGCCGCAUUAAUUGGCAGUCUGGUGUGCGGCCUGCUGCUGGUCAUCGCAUUGGGCUGUGCUUUCAAGCUCUAUUCGCUCCGGACAAGGGAGUACCGAGCUUUUGAAACACAGAUGACUCGACUGGAGGCGGAGUUUGUGCAGCGUGAAGCUCCACCCUCGUAUGGUCAGCUGAUCGCUCAGGGUCUUAUACCUCCAGUGGAGGACUUCCCUGCUUAUCACCCCAAUCAGGCCUCAAUCCUGCAGAAUCUCCGCACAGCCAUGCGCAGGCAGAUCCGUCGCCACUCUUCUCGCCGCGGAACGUCUCGCCGCAGGCUGGGUCGCCUCUGGAGCCGUCUCUUCCACCGCGGGAGCCGACUACGGGGUCAAAUCCCCCUGCUUACACCUCCCGGCCACGCGCACACACGCUCCCAUACCCAGCCUGCACCAGGCCUUCACAGUUACCGAGCGGCAGACGCUCGCAGGGGCGAGUCUGAGAACCGGCCUGGACUUGGACACGCGCUCGUCCCCUGCUCCGACGCGGCACUGGGUCUGGCUAUGCAGGCUCACGCUCAGGCUCUACAUUUACCCCACUGUGAGACUCCCCCUUCCCCCCUCUCACCUGCCUCACCACGGUCCACCUCCGACACACUGGAGGACGAAGACGAGGAGGACAGUGACCACAGGUCUCCUGAACUGGCAGAGGACAGUAUGAUGUCCAGCGUGAGGUCCAGUCUGGGCAGUGAAGCUCCCUCUGCUGGACACAGAGACAUGGACAAGCCUUCAGGAGCACCAGACGAGUCCUCAAACGGGUUGUACCGAUUGCGGGUGUCCAGAAGAACUGUGCAAAGUCUGGCUGCCGAGCUGGGAGGGGUAUCGGUCAAGCGCUAUUCUUCAUUAGCCAUUUCCCCCAUGUCCUCCCCAGAGUCUUUGACCUCGUCCAGCAGCCAAAAUGAGGAAGAAGGAUGCUCUCUGACGGACAAGGAGAAUGAAACCUUCGCAGACUCACACCCUGAAAUGAACUCUGACACUCGACCGCCAUCCCAACUCGAUGAAAACUCUAAAGAUUGGUCAAUUAAGGAAACCUUGCCUUGUGAUCUCACAAGCAGCGAUGAAGAGGAUGAUAUUCCAUCACUUUUUCCCAUGGAUUCAUACCACGGAGACUGAUGUAUGGACACACAGAGAGAAAGAGAGAGUGAAUGUGGCUAUGUGAGAAAAGCUAAAGCUCUACAGCAAUCAUGGAUUUACAUGCUCUGAUUUAGCAGGAUGUUUAUGCUAAUGGAUCACAAGGUUUGUGUUCAUCUGAAGGUUGGCCUAAAAAAAAAAAAAAAAAAAAUGAAUCGGCGAUUUUAUUGGAAACACCCACCUUAUAGAUCUGUCUUUUUAGGUGUACAGUUUAGCCUCUUUCACACAUUAUUUUUAAACUGGUAAUGUUCUGGUAUGUUCUCUUAUCUUUUUUUUAUGAGGACGAUGAAUGUUAAUAAUUGCCAUGUACAGCUCUGAAAAAAAAGAAAACACCUAAAGAUGAUGUUACUUUGAUUUGACCAAAUUGAAAACCUCUGAAAUAUAAUCAAGAGGAAGAUGGAUGAUCACAAGCCAUCAAACUAAGCUGAACUGCUUGAAAUUUUGCUCCAGGAGUGGCUUAAAUUUAUCCAAAAGCAGUGUGUAAGACUGGCGGAGAAAUAAUGCCAAGAUGCAUGAAAACUGUGAUUAAAAACAGGGUUAUUCCACCAUAUAUUAAUUUAUGAACUCUUAAAACCUUAUGAAUAUGAACUUGCAUUAUUUGAGGUCUGAAAGCUCUGCGACUUGUUUGUUAUUUCAGCCAUUCCUCAUUUUCUGCAAAUAAAUGCUCUAAAUGACAAUAUUUUUAUGUGGAAUUUGGGAGAAAUGUUGUCCGUAGUUUAUAGAAUAAAACAACAACGUUAAUUUUACUCAAACUUAAACCUAUAAAUAGCAAAAUCAGAGAAACUGAUUCAGAAGCUGAAGUGGUCUCUUAUUUAUUUCCAGAGCUGUAUGGUAAGUGCUGAUAGACAGAACAUGAGGUCAACAAUAAAACACCUUUUUUUUUGUUCAUUAUGUACCAAAAUACACAAAUGCAUACUUUUACAUUAUUUUAAAUACACAGAAUUUUAAUUAGUCACUUUUUGGAAACUGAAAAGCGCAUAUACUCAGUUGUACUGAUGUUCUGCUUUGCUGCAAACACUGCUUUGCAUUUGUGCUAAAGAAGCCAUGAACACACACAAGCUAUAUUUCAUGGUUUUACUACUCAAAUUAUCGCAGAAGGUAUUUGAGUAGUAGUAGGAGCUCCCUCAUUGAGAACUUUCAGUCUGAUAAACACAAGCAAGUGUGCUUUAUAUUUCUAAACUGUACAAAAACAAAAUUUAAAAAAGUUUUCUAAACUUUCCACAUUGUUAGCUUUAAUCUAGAUGUAGAUUAGACUCUGAAACUGCUUGUGUGAAAGGGGCUUUUUAGACUGUAGCCUGUGUUUUUUCGCGAUGCAGCAAAACAUUGUAAUUGUAGACCAGCGUCUAGCAGAUCUACUAAGGUUGGUGGUUCUGGUAAAUUUGAGUGAUUGAGUGGUCCUAAUACAGCACAGUGAAUCUGAAAGACACAGUGAGAUUUGCUGUUGCUGUGUGAAUAGAGCUGAAUUUUAAGAUUUUUGUGACACAAGCCUAAUACUCAGAUGAUUUCAUUAAUAAUUCUCUGCUCACUUAAACACAACAUGGAUUCUAUUGCAAUAUAACAAUAUUUCAAAUUCCAGGUGAUGUUUGGUUUUACAGUGGCCACAAAAAGCAUUCGGACACUUCAGGAUUGAUAAAGUAGGGACCUAUAUAAUAUAUAUUCACGUUUUUCUCAUGUCCCUCUGCUGACAACUGUUAUGGAGAUGCAGAUUUCAUUUUCCAGCAGGACCUCGCACACUGCCCACACUUCUAAAAUUACCAAUUGAUUUUAAUAUAAAAUUGACUUGUGGGUUUUCAUUGGCUGCAAGCCAUAAUCAUCAACAAUAAAAGAAAUAAAAUGAAUAAUUGAUAACUCUGUGUGCAAUACAUCUAUAUAACAUGAGUUUCACAUUUUGAACUGAAUUACUGAAAUAAAGUAAGUUUUCAAUUAUAUUCUAAUUUUUUGAGAUGCACCAAUACAAACCUGCAGAGUUCUGUUAAAUUAUUUUGGAAACAAAUUAAAAUAUACACUUUAAGAAACUAAAGACAUCACAUUACAAAUCAUUUUUAGUCCCUGUAGAGAAGUACUGGCAAAAGAAUAGGAAUAGCUGUUGCAUAUAAAUUAAUCUAUGAUCCUAUUUGAAUCAUAUCUGAUGUAAAGCCCCCAAGAACUAACCUGUAGGGCACUGGAACUGUGUUUUCUGUAAAGAUGGGGCUCCAUCGAAUACAUCUGGUUGGUUUAGGUUUGGGAUGACGUGCAAUGAUGAUUCUCUCUUAAUACCUUUGAUUUUGAAAGAAUAAGCAUUAAAGUGUCUAAAUACUUCUGUCCGUAUUUUGUUUACCUCAGAAAAUUACCUCAGAACCCCCGGAGAAACUAAUCCCGUCCGGAUAGGGCUUUAGAUACCUAUUGGUUUCACCCUUAUUUUAAAACGGAUUAAACAACUAUGGAAGAUGUGUCCAAAUGCUUUUUGGGGCCUUUUUGUAUCUACCAUCAUUACCAUUGCCUGGCUAUGACGUGUACAGUACAUCCAUAACAAAUGGACAGUCUCUUAUAUAGUCGUACAUAUUCAGUGCAGCUAAUCCUCACUCAGUAGCCACAUUUCUAAAAUGAAAUUAGAAGGAAACUUAUUUAUGGAGCCAUAAAAUCCCUGGACUACAGACUACAGCACUUUCCUCUAUGGGUUCCCUGUAGACUGUUCUUCACUCUGCAGUCUAGUGCUGCUGACUCAGUGCAGUAAUGUUGAGCUGAGGGAUGUUUUAACUUAUUAUUAUUCUGUUCUAACAGAGCUCUGGGGACUCUUUUCUCCUCUGAAACCUUAUCUUAGACUUGUGACUCAUCUUUUUUAUUUUUUAUUUCCUGAAUGUCUUUUUAGUUCUUCAUUGCCAGAGCAGUGCUCGCAGGAGUUGCCUGCUUUUCCUCAUAAUAUGCCUAAUCUUUAAUUGCUGUAAGAUUGAACUACUGUUUUUCAGCUUCAGUCCUGCAGUAAAGUGCACUGCAGUUUAGAGUUAUCUCUGCUCUAAUGAUCUAAUGCUUUAAAUUGGGACAAUUGACUUAAUGUGUUCUGGUUGGAAGAUGUUUUUUUUUUUGUUGGUUUGAUUUGCAAGGUUUUCCAAACAUGGCCAUAUUUCACCAAGUAAAAUUCCUUAAAUAGUAAAAUCA